UCCGAUCGGACGGUCGUCGCGCCUGGGCCUGCAGCUCCGAUGGCCGCCCAACAGCUGUGCGCCCAGCACGCGGUGACUCAUCAGAUGCAGGCCCGCUGUUCUCGUUCGGUUUGGUGGCGGACGUCCAGUACGCAGACAGGGAAAAUGGUAUGUCAAAGUCAACCGGAAACGUCAAGCAAUAUCGUGCUACUCCAGGACUACUGGGGGAAGCAGUGGGCAAGUGGCUGCAAAGGGCAGACACACUGGACUUUGUGCUGAACCUUGGGGACACCAUCGAUGGAAACGAGACCGAUGAGGGUGCCCUGCACGACCUGGAAGUGGUGGCGGAAGUCUUCGACAGACUGGGGAACAUCAAGGCACACCACGUGCUGGGAAAUCACUGCUUGGCAGCUCCAAGGGACAUGCUGUUGCAGCGGCUAGGAAUGCCACACGCAUACUACACUGCUGACAUUGCGCCUGGCUGGAGGCUGGUCACACUGGACACCACCGAAAUGAGUAACAACUCGCGCUAUCCGCAGUGCUCCUACCAGCAUGUCGAGUCCAUAGAGUUUGCUCAGACCCACCCGCCCAACCUAUACCCCUACAUGACGAGCUAUAACGGAGGCAUAUCGAGCGUCCAGAUGCGAUGGCUGAGAAGCCAGCUGCAGUCAGCACGAGCCAACAGCGAGCGCGUCGUGAUAGCAUGCCACCACCCCGUGGGCCAGGGCUCAUGUCGCCCCACGCACAUGGCGUGGAACUGUGUGGACAUCCAAGAGGCCAUUGUCUCCAGCGGGGUGGUGCCCUUGGUCUUGAGUGGGCACGACCAUCCAGGAGGCUACGCCCGCAACCAAGAUACGCAUUUUGUGACUCUCCAUGGAAUGCUGGAAGCACCCAGCGGAUCCACCGCCUUCGCCGUAGUCAACGUCUUCCCGGACGCCAUCGAGUUUGAGGGCUACGGUGUGGUACCUUGUCGGAAGCUUGGCAUCCCAAAGGUGGCGGAUUGGAGCGCAAGCGCUGCAAGGGUGCAGUAG